CCGGGGUGCGCAGUGUUGACGUCAUUCUGUACCUGGCACUGCAUGUUCUAGCAAUAGUUCACAGUCACCUCAGAAAAACACAGAUAAGAAUCCCAGCCUAAGAAAAUCAAAUGGCAUCUGGAGAUUUCUGCCUCCCUGGAGAAGGGAUGGAAAUAGUUCAACAAGUGUGCAGCAGACAGUUUCCUCCUUGUAACCUAAGUGAAGAUGACCUGCUGCAGAACCCACACUUCAGCCAGCUGCUGCUGAGUCUCUCACAGCAUGUGGACGAGAGUGGCUUGAGCCUCUCCCUGGGCAAGGAGCAGGCCGAGGCAUGGAAGGAAGUUCGACUGCAUAAGACAGCAUGGUUGAGGUUUGAGAUUUUACAGCGAGUCAUUCAAGAGCUGCUUGUGGAUUACUAUGUGAAGAAGCAAGACACAAAUUUAACUUCUGAGGACAAAAAGUUCCUUGAGACCCUUGAACAUCGGCUACUUGUGACUGAACUGACACAGAUCUUAAGCCCUGGCCAGGAGAUGGGGACGCCUCUACUGCGAGGGCUGGAGAAGGCGGACCUUCUGGAACUCAUGCCACCCUCAGAGGACUUUGUGUGGAUGCGAGCACGGCUCCAGCUGGAAGUGGAGGAGCAGCUCAAGAGGAAGUGUUUUGCUCUGCUUUGCUACCGUGACCCCAGUUCAGAUGCUGACAGUGAAACCCUGAAGGCUGCAAAGGUGUGGAAACUGGCAGAGGUCAUGGUGGCUGAGAAGCAGCAGUGCCAGGAUGCACAGAGCCAGCAGAAGGAGCAGCUGGUGCUGCUGGAGAAGAAGAGUGCCACCUACUCCAGGAUGGAGGAACUGAAGAUUGUGUCUGACACUGCUGAGAAAGUGGAGGUUCACCGUGUUAUUAGGGACUGCUUAGAGGCAGGCAUUCACGUCCAAGAGCAGGACAUGCAAAAGUCACGACAGGUGCUGAGCACCUAUGAGGUUCUCGGGGAGGAGUUCGACAGGCUGGUGAAGGAGUACACCCAGCUCAAGCAGGCAGCCGAGAACCGGCGCUGGGCCCUGCAGGAGUUCAGCAAGGCCUACUGCUGAGUGUGGGCA